AUGGCUUCCAAUUCGAAAUCGGAGACUUUUCUGCAGCGAUAUGGUUACGAUUUGCUGUUGGGAUCAAUUGCGGCUUUAUACGUUCUCACCGUUCCUUACACUAAGGUCGAAGAGAGUUUCAAUGUUCAGGCAAUGCACGAUAUUCUCUAUCACCGGACUAACUUAGACAGUUAUGAUCAUCUGGAAUUCCCUGGGGUGGUUCCUCGCACUUUCCUAGGUGCUUUGCUUGUGUCAAUCGUUGCAGCUCCUUUUGUGUUGACUGCAAGUUUGCUGCAUUUGCCAAAGUUUUAUGCUCUUCUCAUAGUUCGGAUGGCCCUAGGGUGCAUCAUACUAUAUACACUAAGAUUCUUCCGACAUCAGAUAAGGAAUAAAUUUGGGCAUCAAGUAGAAACCUUCUUUGUAAUGUUAACUGCCAUUCAGUUUCAUUUUCUGUUCUAUUGUACCCGUCCGCUUCCUAACAUUCUUGCCCUGAGCCUAGUGAAUUUGGCAUAUGGAUACUGGUUUGAGGGACGCUUUUAUGCAGCUCUAAACUCUCUGAUCUUUGCUACGACUGUAUUCAGAUGUGACAUGCUGUUACUUCUUGGUUCCAUUGGGCUGCAACUCCUUCUGACAAAAAAAAUUUCAGUAUGGGGUGCUCUGAAACACUGCACUGGGAUGGCCCUCUUCUGCAUAGGUCUAACCAUAUUAGUUGAUUCAAUUAUGUGGAAAAGAUUAUUGUGGCCUGAAUUUGAAGUCUUUUGGUUUAACUCUGUACUAAACAAAAGCUCUGAAUGGGGAACAAAUGCUUUCCAUUGGUACUUCACUUCAGCACUUCCUCGUUCACUACUUGCUGCAUAUCCACUCUCACUGUUUGGCCUUUUUGUAGACCGAAGGGUACGAUCUUUCACCUUCCCAGUUCUUGCCUUUGUUUUGCUUUAUUCUAAGCUUCCUCACAAGGAGCUUCGUUUUAUCAUAAGUUCAGUUCCAAUAUUUAACUUGUCUGCUUCAAUUGCUUCUAACAGAAUUUACAACAAUAAGAAAAAGAUGAUUUGGAACUUGCUUUUCCUCAUUUGGUUGGGAUUGCUUUUAGUGAGUCUUGCAGGCACCGUCACAAGUUUCACGGCAUCAUACUGGAACUAUCCUAGUGGAUAUGCCUUAAAGGAAUUGCACGGAAUUGGUUUUCAUAAUGAUACAGAUGAACAGUGGGUUCACAUUGAUACAUUUUCAGCCAUGAAUGGGAUAUCUCGCUUUUGUGAAAGUGAUUUCCCAUGGAGGUAUUCUAAAGAAGAACAGAUUAGCUUGGAAGAAUUUCAGCAGAGAAAUUUUACUUUUCUUAUAAAUGAACAUUCUGUGAUCAGUGGAUUCAAGUGCCUAUUUACUGAAGAUGGGUUCUCAAGAGUCCGCUUGAAAUCUGGCUUUCCACCAAUUUUACUGGUUAAAGAGCCCAAAGUUUUUGUCCAAGGAAAUUUAGAAAACCAGAAUAUAGUCAGCCAAAUAUGGUCUGGCUGCUCAUAA